AUGGUUAAAGUCAGUUUGGAUAACGUUGAAUUAAAGGUCAAUAUUGAUGCUGAACCACAAUUCAGCCCUUCUACCACUACAGUGGCAAAUAUUUUGACUAAGGAUGCAUUGGAAUUUGUCGUAUUGCUUCACAGAACUUUUAAUGCAAAGAGAAAGGAAUUGUUGGGAGCUAGACAAGAAGUUCAGAAGAAGUUGGAUACUGGUAAUUACAAAUUAGAUUUCUUGCCAGAGACCAAGGCAAUUAGAGAAGACCCCACCUGGCAAGGUCCUACAUUAGGACCUGGUCUAGAAAAUAGAUCUACCGAGAUUACUGGUCCACCACAAAGAAAUAUGCUUGUUAAUGCAUUGAACGCUCAAGUUAACACUUAUAUGACAGAUUUUGAAGAUUCUUCUUCCCCUACAUGGUUUAACAUGAUUUAUGGUCAAGUUAACCUGUAUGAUGCAUUGAGAAAUCAGUUGAAUUUUACGACACCAAAAAAAGAGUACAAAUUAAAGUCCUCCAUUUCUGAGUUACCAGCAAUUAUUGUACGCCCAAGAGGUUGGCACAUGGUAGAAAAGCACCUCUAUGUAGAUGGUGAACCGAUUAGUGCAUCAAUUUUUGAUUUUGGUUUGUACUUCUUCCACAAUGCAAAGCAAGCUAUGAAAGUCAACAGAGGCCCCUACUUCUAUUUGCCCAAGAUGGAGCACCAUUUGGAAGCCAAAUUAUGGAACGAUAUCUUCAAUGUUGCCCAAGAUUGGGUUGGUAUCCCCAGAGGUACCAUUAGGGCCACGGUCUUGAUUGAAACUUUACCAGCAGCAUACCAAAUGGAAGAAAUUCUUUGGCAACUGCGUUCUCAUUCUGCAGGGUUGAACUGUGGUCGCUGGGAUUAUAUCUUUUCCACUGUUAAGAGAUUGCGUAAUUUACCUGAGCACGUUCUACCUGACAGAGAUCUAGUUACAAUGACUUCGCCAUUUAUGGACGCUUAUGUUAAGAGAUUGAUUAAUACUUGUCACAGAAGAGGUGUUCAUGCAAUGGGUGGUAUGGCCGCUCAAAUUCCAAUCCCUAACGACCCUGUUGCUAAUGAAAAGGCAAUGGCAAAGGUUCGUAAUGAUAAGAUCAGAGAAUUGACAAAUGGUCAUGAUGGAUCUUGGGUUGCACAUCCUGCAUUAGCCUCUAUCUGUAAUGAAGUUUUCAUCAACAUGGGGACUAAAAAUCAAAUUCACUAUAUUCCAGAAACUACUGUUACAGCCCAACAGUUAAGCGAUACCCAGAUUCCAGGUGGUCAAGUCACUAAACGUGGUAUUAUUCAAAAUUUGGAUAUUGGUCUACAGUACAUGGAAGCUUGGUUAAGAGGUUCUGGUUGUUCACCAAUUAACCAUUUGAUGGAAGAUGCCGCCACCGCCGAAGUCUCUCGUGCUCAAUUGUAUCAAUGGGUAAAGCACGGUGUUGUACUAGGUGAUACUGGUGAAAAGGUUACUCCUCAAAUGACUUCACAACUAUUGAAAGAACAGGCUGCUAAGUUGGCCGCAGAGAGUCCAUUCGGUAAUGGUAACAAGUUUGAUGUCGCCGCCAAACACUUUUUACCAGAAGUUACGGGUGAAAGAUUCAGUGAAUUUUUGACUACAUUGCUGUACGAUGAAGUGGUUACUCAACAGACGUCUACAGAUUUGAGUAAGUUGUAA